AUGAAGACCUCUGCUCUGGUCAUUGCCUCUCUUGCUCCCUCGGCCUGCCUGGCUGGCAUAGGCCACUCUUGGUCCCUUUCGGCGCCUGCCGGAGGCCUGAAGGACAUUACUUUUCCUUUUGGCGUCGCCAACGCCGCCCACAAGCGAGGCUACUACUUUGCCAACCAGUUCAACUUUCAAAAUGUCCAGCAAGUCAGCUACACGGGUGUCCAGCCUCAGACGGACUCCAACGGGCAGGCAACCAUCCGUGGCGUCUUCUCCUCCUUCCAGGGUGGUACCACCUCGUCGCAUCCCAACUGCAGCAACGGCGCAGACGGCGGAGCCGGCGUCAGCUGUGCCGUGACUUUAAAGGUCAAGGACUUUAGUGGUCGUUUUGACUGUGUCAUUGAGAACAUUGGCGGGACAAAGUGGCGCGGCACCCUGAAGAACGCCGUCACGGGCCAGUCUGCGGUUAUUGGCGAGUUUGUCCAGCCCGCGGGUGCUGGUGGCAUCGUCGGCAAUCAGAUGGGCUUCUUGGAGUACUUUCUUGCCAACGGAAACCCCAACUUCAAGUGCUCCGACCAGUUCAAGACGCAAGUUGAUUACUACUUCCCGACUUCCAAGACGGCCGGCGCUGGGGCUGGCACGAUUGCCAAGCCUUACCAGUACGGUAGCUGCGUUGAUCAGCAGGGCUUUUCCACCACUGCUGGUCCUAAUUACUGGACAAUUAAGACUGGCUUCUAG